AUGCAACAUGGGGCAGAUCAUGGGACUCAAGUUGCCAGUAGAAAACAGUUGACUUUGCAAAAGAAAAGAGAGAUUGUUGAUGCAAUGCUGGUUACAAUGCAAGAUGGUAACUUACCUAAGGGACACAUGAAACAGUUAUCCAUCCAAUUCAGAGUUCACAAGUCAACAAUCAGUAGAGUUUUUACUGACAUUAAAAAACAGAUGGCACAGGGGAAUACGAUUGAUGUCAGGACUAAGAAGUAUGGCAGAACAGGUCCAAAGCCAAAGGAAUUUUCAGAUGAAUUCCUACAAUCAGUCCCUCUGUAUCUUAGGCAGACUAAGAGACGUUAUGCAACUGCCCUGAAGAUUUUUCAUGUAACUCUUCACAAUUUGAAGAAAAAGGAAAGGCUCAGAACACAUACAUGCAUCACAGCAGAUGGGGACCCCACUUUUGUUGACAUGAACCAUGUCAUACACAUAGAUGAGAAAUGGUUCCAUCUCAAUCCUGACAAGAGAAGAUUUUAUCUCAAUCCAGAUGGGGGACUACUCCAUGAUGGGAAGUAUGGAAUAUUCCCAUUCAUAGUGAAAGAGUUAGCAAAGAAAUCAAGCAAAAUCAGAGCAGCAUGCACAUUGGUAACCAAGGCACUCCAGAAUGUGAACAAAGAUGUUAUUAGGGAGAUGUUGCUCACAAAGGUCAUACCAGCAAUUUAG